UAAAAUCUCCUUGUUCUACACUGUUAUUUCUUUAUUUUAUUUAACUGUAUACACAUCCUAUUGCUUGCCUUGUAAUUCAAUUCCAAGUUGGAAAAAUCUUGCAAAAUCUUUGGAUGAAAUCUGGUCAGAUCUUGCUUUGUGGGAUGUGGAUUUUCUAGAGUCUUAUUCCAAUUCAACAAAACCCCAUUUCCUCUUCAGAAUCACAAAUGCAAAAACCAAAGCAAUCUCAAUAAUAAUCAGAGAACCCUUCUCUAUCUCUCAUCUUUCUCUCUCUUGUUCUUCUUGAAUUCAUAUUCUGGUAUUGAAUAUUGAACUUGGAGCAAUGGGAAUGGCCGCCUCAGACCCACAGUUUCAUGUUCUUGCUGUUGAUGAUAGCCUAAUAGACAGAAAGCUCAUUGAAAGGCUACUUAAAACCUCUUCUUAUAUAGCAGUUACUACAGUGGAUUCUGGUAGCAAAGCUUUAGAAUAUCUUGGUUGGCAUGAAGAUGACGAAAGAAACACAAAUGAAAACUCUGUUUCUCCUCAAAACCAUCAGGAAGUGGAAGUAAAUCUUGUUAUUACAGACUAUUGUAUGCCUGGAAUGACUGGCUAUGAUUUACUGAAGAAAAUCAAGGAAUCUUCAUCUCUGAGAAACAUACCGGUAGUCAUUAUGUCUUCUGAGAAUGUGCCCUCAAGAAUCAAUAGAUGCUUAGAAGAAGGAGCAGAGGAAUUUUUUCUCAAGCCAGUGAGAUUGUCAGAUGUAAAUAAGCUUAAAUCCCAUAUGGUGAAAGCUAAGAAGCAAGAAAAACAAGAAUCACCGCCACUGUCACCACAAUCACAGCCACCACUGCCGCCACCACAAUCACAGCAGCAGCCACCAGAGCUGAUUCUGGUGCAGCAGCAGCAGCCACCACAAUCGAGUAAUAACAAGAGGAAAGGCAUGGAUGAAGAGCUUUCUUCCCCAGACAGAACAAGACCUAGAUACAAUGACCUGACUGUGGUGUCUAGCUAAUCAUAGCAAAUAAUUUUCUUUUUCACAAUUUGAAAAUUAUAAUUGACACAAUUUUUCCCUGUAUCUUAGUUUAAAUUGGUUAAUACAAACAUUAAGAAACAUGUACAGAGAGAGAGAGAAACAAUGAGAGUUUCAUAUAUAUGAUGAUAACAUCUGUACCCAUUUUACA